AUGGCCGACGACAACAACAAGAACAAGAAGACCCAAAAUGACCCCAAGAAUAAGGGUAAGGGCAAGGACGACGACAAGCAGUUGGCGAGACGUGCUGGGUCGCAGAGCGGACAGCACAACUCGUCAACCACUAAGCCCAGAAAUGACAGUGUGAUGAGGAUCCGCCCUCGCAACGCUCUGAGGUUUGCCACUUCACAGGACGCGAUCGGGCAAAAGCACCUGGCCCUAACAGACGGACUGACCGGCCGGUUCGUGGAGAAUGAGAUGGCCGUGUCGACCGACUUUGUGGGCAAAACCACGAUUGGCUUCUCCGCUAAUACGCCGAGUGGUGCGCAUGAAGCCGUGGAUGCUAUUGCCCAGGUACAGAAGGAGGAUGAAGUCAUCGUCGGCGCCCUUACUUUGACCAGUAAGGCCGACUUCAUGGCUAAGAACUGCAAGAGGAAGCGGCUCACACUAGACCGCGAUGAGGAAGCCGAGUUUGAAGCAAGGACAGCCGCCAGACAGGCUAGACGAGCUGCGUUCCUCCAGCAUGGGGACCAGCAAAGCUCUGGUCAGGCUAGUGGUCAAGACCAAGGCCCACCCGACGACCACUCCGAGGAACGGAUCCGCUGCGUUGGGUGCAAGUCAGACAAGCACACUCUGGCUGUAUGCCUCAAGGCUGGCGCAGACGGGUACAUGAAGGGCUGCCCGUUCUGCAACACUAUGGAUCAUAGUGCCGGCAACUGUCCUCACCCAGCUCUCAAGGACAACAAGCUUCUGAGACUGCGUCAUUUUGUCUACGAUCGACGCAACAUGCCAAGCUUCUUGAACGUCAAGGCUUGGUAUCCGCUUGUUAGAAAGCAUGCCCAAAGCAAAGAGGCAUAUCAUCGCUACCCGUGGACCCCUGAGUUCACCAAGUCUAUCGCCGGCCGCAUCAACGAGAUCCAGCGCAGGGUCGAUAAAAAUGGCCCCGGAGGCGCGAAGCUGCCUGUCGACCCCAGUGUGAAGGGCUGGCCAGCUGUGUUGGCCUAUCACGAGGGGCUCGAGAGACAGGAGAAGGAGAAGGCAUUGGCUGAGGCGCGAUCAAAGGUAGCCCCUUUGUCCGAACUUCAGAAAGCUGCCGCGGCAUUUCUGAAUGCUUCUUUGGUGCCUGAGACACGAGUCGAUGAGCCUGAGAAGGUCAACAAAGAUGUCGACAUGGCGGACAACGGCCAAGUUGUUACCGCUCCUGAGACCGAGGAGCCAUCUGCGACUACUACAGCAGUCGAGGACGAGCCUUCUCCUGAGCCUUCUCCCGAGCCUGAGUCUGAAUACCUGGCGCUUGCAAAGGAGCAGCAUGAUGCGUCGCAACUCCAACCCUGGGAUGAGGUUGACAGCGAUGACGACGAUGAUGAUGAAGAGGAGUUUGCUCGCCAGAAGUUGAUCCUGCGCGAAGCACAGGCCGAGGCCACGAAGAGGGGCAUCCGCGCCAAGAGCUAUACCACUGAACUGUGA